AUGGCGCCAAAGACCAUCUCCAACUGGCUCAGCGCUCACAAGGACCCAAGCAAGGACCGUGAGCGUCGAAACCCGUCUGAUAGAGGGCUGAACACUCCUAGGCUCGUGAGCUCAGCGUACCGUGCUAUGACGGGCAGGAGUCCACGCAAAGGCAACACCCCUGCAGCAGAGCCCAUGCCUUCCCUGUUCUUGACCAAGCUCCCUGUCGAGAGUCGACGGUGGGUGUAUGAGAUCGUGUUGGCGAGAGUGAAGCACGCAACUUUGCCACACCAGAUCUGCAAUGUGUCAACGACCUGGCGACCGAGGGACCCGACUGCCAUCCGCUUUGUCUGUCGCCAGAUUGCGCAAGAGACGUUCCCUUACAUAUUCGAGACCUUCGAUUUCGGCUGGAUGGUCGAUUUUUAUGCGCCGGAAGCGUACGAUCACAGGAUCUUCUUACACCCAGAAGUUGAUCAGAGAAACCUGAGAAGUGUCGUAAGAAGAAGAUGGUCCUGCAUCAAGCAUUUUGAAGUUGACAUACGCUACCUUAUCUGGGGGAUGACGGACUGGCUGCUUCAGCCAACGCCUGCAGAAAGUAGCGUCAUCAAAGCAUACAAGCGUGCCAUCCGCCUUUACCGUUCCUGGGACACUCUGGGCUGGCCCAUCGACGAACGCAAGGUCUUCACAAUGACACUCUACGAUAUUGAGCUGGUUGAUCUUACGCUCGCCAAUCGUCCUGGGAUAAGUGCUCGGCUCGACAAUUUCUUGGUGCAUCUGACCAUGAUCAGCCAUUUCUAUCCGCUGUUGAAAGAACUCCGCCUAGUGAGAAGGCUUCAUCCCCCGUUGGCGCCUACUUCACAGCGCUGUCGCAUCGUGGGAGAUGAAGUCAGAAAUUGGAACACCGACCAGCUCAAAUGGCGGAUGCCUGGUAUUGCUUCGAUUCUGAAAUCGAGGGACUUAUGGGUGGAUGUCUUGAUCGAAAGGUACCGAUACUUCGUGUUGUCCUAUAUUACUGUGAAAAGCCCGGUUGCGUGA